AUGGCACACGACAAACCGAUCUUCGUUUCCAACCCAACAACAUCACACCUCGACAAUAUUCACAGUCGCGGCCAUGUCACUCAACAGCUAUCUCAACAAGAAAGUGUGUUUGAUACUCGUGGAUGGGCGCUGCAUGGUCGGCAAUCUCAUUUCCUGCGACCACGUAACAAAUCUUGCCCUGGAAAACUGUACCGAACGGGUCAUACGGUCUCCGGACGAUGA